UGCUGCUACACUUCUAAAGAAAGAAGAAAAGAAGAUGUGUAAUUUAUGCAGCAUGCAUGAUGAAUGUACUCCACAGCGGACAUGUCCACCAUUCAUGAUACCAAAGCACAGACAUUGCUGCAGAGGGGAACAAAAUGUCAUAGAAACAGCCACUGUUUCUCCCACAAAUGGAGAUGAAAGUCAUUACACAAACCAGGUCCAGUUAAAAAUAAAUAAAAUACAUGUGAGUUCAGCAUUAGUGGAAAAAGAAAGCAAUACAUCAUUGAAUGGAAAUGUAAGGGGGCAAGAAGAGUCAGAGAACAAAAUGUUCCCAGAUAACAUGGAAAAUGAAGACGAUAAACAGAUAGAACACACGACUGUUGAGAACAUAAACAGCAACAGGGAAGAGAUUCAUGAUGUAAUCCAGACAACAGAGAGAGGAAUUCAGGAGACCUCAGAAAGCCAAAGAGAAGAGAUGACCACAUCCUCAAUUGCAUGUGAUAUCAUUGAUAACUAUUUGAAUAGUCUUCUUCCCAAUAUUUCAGAGCAUAUAAAGCAAAAGAGUAACAUAAUGGAAAAGAAGUAUCUUGAUGUUCUGAGUGAUGAUACUGACCCUCAAGUAUCUUGCUAUAUUACAGCACCAUUGUAUGUUCUGCAACAACUAGAAUGCCGGAUAAUUAAUGACAUGAGUUCUUUAAUAGUGAGUGAUAAUGAAGAGUUGGUCAGCAAUGUCAUCACUGUUGAAUGCACAGAUAGGGGAAAAGGAAUUCCAUUUCCAAUAGGCAUUGCAAUUCCGUUUAAUGCAUGUUACAGGGGAAAUUACAGAGACAUCAUGGUGAAAGUGUGUGAUGCAAACCUUCAAUCAAGUUACCUAAACCCCAGUUCACUGGAAGGAAUGAGGGGAGGUUAUAAGGGGACCUGCGCUGCAGUGAAAGCUUACAGGUUAGGCAUCUUUUCUGUUGUGUCUUGUUUAAAGAAAGAGUCCUUCACGGUAACAAAGAAAGGCGUCACUCUUAAGUCAAGUGUGGAUUCCCGAAUAUCUUUAAAUUACCCUCCAGGGAUUUUCAGCUCACCAGUGCUUGUACAAUUAAAGAUCCAACCAGUUGACCCAUCUCUCGUGGCAUAUUUAAAAGCACAGCAAGAUACUUCGUACUCAGUAGUAUCCACAAGUCCUCUGAUUCACAUUCAGCACCCAUCAUCUCAUUCUUUUCAGAAGCCAGUUACUGUAUUCCUACCUUGUUCUCCACACCCUGAUCAAAAGAAUCUUGUAUCUGAGAUAGAUCAUAAAAGAACAGCCAGUGCCACAACAAAUAAGACCAUACUUUCAUAUUUCAACCAGACAAAAAGUGCCUCCAUAAGAAAACCUGGGAAAAAUGCCUGUAAAUCUUGGAAAUUACUGGGAUUCAGAAGCCGAGACAGUGGUUGGUUUGGGCUUGACGAUGUAGUCGUGAGAACCAUGCAGAGUGGCUUGAUAGCAUUUGAAUUGAAUGAACAUUUAGAGAGGUUCAUCGUGCUUCACCUCUCUUCCACCAUGAACAACAGCCAUUUGCUAACUUUUGUGAAAUCCUUAGAGGAGGUCAUGCUUAACACCACUGCCUGCAUAGUACUAUCUCACCAAAAGGACAAUCCACACAGAAUAGCUAUUUUAGUGGUGCCUUCCAAAGAUUUAAACCAGGCGCUUAAAAACUUGCGUUUAGAAGGGUUUAGGGAACCUCCAGAGUCAUCUCGCCAUUUCCAAGUAAAAGAAGGAGAACAACUCCUUUUAAACUUUACUGGAAACAUAUUUGCUUCAAGCAAUGGUAAGAAUUACGGAAAAGACUACAAACUUAUUUUUCAUUUACAAAGAAAACCCAGGCUUGAACUCCAAAUCAAAGAAGUGGAUGAAUUUGGAAAUUACAGCUGCCCUCAUUAUAAGGGAACCAUUGUCGUUUAUAAGGUACCUAAAGAAAAAGGGGUCCCCAGCCUGGAUCAAUCCCUCAGACUCAAUGAAAAGCAUUAUCAGUCGCCAGUUUGCAAAUUGCCAUUGAGAUUGCCAAAGCAUGAAAAAUUAAUCAAUCGUCCACAGAGUACCAAAAGAAUUUCUACAGAUCCUCUUGAUGCCCUUUGGGAUAACUUGCUCCACUGGCUGGCUGAGGAGCUCUCAGAAGAAAAUGCUGAGUCUCUUUCCUCAUCCCUCCCUUUGCGCUCCAGUACCGUUCAGCUCAUCAAACUCAAGAAUCCCAAUGACCUCACAGAACAGAUCCACGAACUUCUUAGCUUCUGGAAAAAAUCGCUCCCAGCUUCCACUGACAAACUUCGUCUGCUGGCUCGUCAUCUACGUCAGAUCGGCAGGAGGGAUCUUGCAGAAGAGCUCAGAUUCAAGUGGGAACACAAAGUGUUCACUGAACCACAAUGGUUUGACAUAGCCGCUGAGUAAAAGCGGAUUCACUCUUCCAUUUGCUGUUGAAAAAGACACA